AUGACAACAUUUCAUGCUGGCCAGACAUCUCCAGCGGAGGCCUCCGAGGACAGAAACUCGUCAGUGUCUGGUAGCGAUGCGGAAAACGAGGACCCCGACACUGCGUCGCACUCCGGGAACGCUAGUAAGAAAAGGAAGAGGUCUUUGAAAAUCUCCUGUGAGCUGUGCAAGGCAAGAAAAGUAAAAUGCGACCGAGUCGAGCCAUCCUGUGGUUGGUGUGCGCGCAAUAAUCGAGUAUGCAUCUACAAGGAGAGGCAGAAACCGGGCCUCCGGGUAGGAUAUGGCCGCGAACUUGAGGAAAAGAUCAACCGGCUAGAGGCUCUUCUGCAAGUGAUGGGUCGUCGACUCGAGGACCAUAUUACUGAACAUGGCGACUAUUCUCAACAUCGCCCAGGUUCCGUCCACAUGAGCGUCUCUCAACCACCGCCGUAUCCACCGUACUCCCAGAAUGAGCCUCGCCCGUCAAACGCCAGCAUAGUCUCUCAAGAUACUCCUGGCUCGGACACGAGAUGGCCCACGGGGAAUGCCUACGAACGGAUGCAAUAUCCUCGGCCUCAAGAUGCCAUGUCCAUUCGUUCUGUCGUUGAUAAUAACAACAACAAUCACCACCAUGACCUGAUGUCCCAAAGUGACCGAGCCACUUCAGCGGCCUGGUACCCAACAUCAACCCCGGCGCCAUCAUUACUGCCUGAUUCAGAACUUCCUCCGUAUGAUCUCCUUUACACCUUGGUCGAUUUAUUUUUCAAGCAUGUCAAUCCCUGGUCGCCUAUCCUCGAUCGUAAAGCAACAUUCGAUGCAUUCUUUGGCUCUCAAUCGAUGGAUGAAUCUGAUCGAAUACUGCUGCACGCCAUCGUGGCGACAACUCUACGGUUCUCUAAGGAUCCGCGCUUGACACCGGAGUCCAGGAGUCAAUUUCACGAGAUAUCGCGACGGAAAAUCAUGCUGUACGCGCUGGAUCAUCCUACCGUAAGAGCCUUGCAAGCUCUGGUCAUCCUCGCUGUCGACGUUCUUGGGACAUCGAACGGUCAGCAGGGCUGGAACUUGUUGGCUCUUCUGGCUCGUAAUAUCGUCCAGCUGGGACUAGAUGUGGAGAAGGGUGCGUACCUGGAGUCAAGUGCGUAUCCAUCGGCCACACUGCUUCAAGCUUCCCAACCCAAGUCUUGGAUUGAGAACGAAGAGCGGCGGCGCUUGUGCUGGAUGACAUUCGUGCUGGACAGGUAUGCCACAGUGGCAACUGCGGAUGCUUUCAUGUUGGACGAAAGAGAAAUGGACAGAUGUCUCCCAUGUCGGUAUGAUUUGUUGUCACGGAACGAGCCUGUCGAGACACGAUGGCAUCGCCGGGGCGCCCCGUCCGAAAUGAUUGUCAACAAGCCAGAAAAUUUGGGAAGUUUCUCCUACCACUGCGAAGUGCUGGGCAUUCUAAGUCGCAUCCACCGAUUCCUCCAUCAGCCUCUGGAUAUCACUUGUCACUCGGACAUACAAAAAUGGCGUGAGAAUUACAGAGAGCUGGACGGCGAACUGAACAGCUGGCUACACAAUCUGCCUGGCGAAUACGGCAAGAUCUCGCAACUCUGUCAUUCUGAUCCUGGGAGUCGGAUCUCCAACUGGAUCAUGCUCCAUGCAGCCUUUGUCACGUCCGUCAUUCGGCUUCACUCAUCGGCCGCGUAUCCUACGAUAAAGUCGCCCGUCUUCACGCCUUCCUACCAUGCUAUACAGCGAUGUCUCGGCGCCGUAGAGAGUCUCCGUGAGAUUGCCCAAGAUGUCCUCAAUACCGGCAUGCUCGCUCUGCUUGGCCAUCCAUUCGCAUUCUCUCUCUGGGUCUCGGCGAGGCUCCUCCUCGUCCAUGCUGCGACUAUGGAAUGCGACGUGGAUCCGAAAAUCUCCUUCUUCAUAUCCACAUUGGAACAGAUGGGCCAGCACUGGCAGGUUGCCAGGGAAUAUGCUCGGAUUCUAAACGACGUCGUGCAGGAGGGCAAGACUGGGUCUGGGCGGCGAACCUUUACCACAAUGAGGAGACAUGCUUACGAACUCAACCUCUUGACCGCGCAACGGCCCCGCUCCAUCCUCGAACCGCCUGCCACGCACAACUCGUCGCAAAGCGAGCUCGAAAUCCUUGAAGUUUUCGAUUUUUUCAACUACCCUCGUCUCGACGCCAUUGCGGGCCACGGGUUCGACCCUUCUCUCAUCGUAACUGGCUCUGCCGGUACUGUGGCGAACCAUAGCACCUCGACCCCGACCUCUACCCCGACCCAAGGUCCGCAGUCGCAAACCCCGUCCCACCGGGCCACACCGGCGUUUGUGAUCCCGAAUCCGGAGUCGGAUUGGCUGGUUUUCAAGCCGCCAUACGAGUAG